GCGAGUACCUAUCGCUGCUCCUUAGUCGUUCCUCUUGCCUUCAACGCACAAAAAAUCAACCUCACCCCCCUCCUUUCACAAAAAGCUUCAGCACAUCUCUCUCUCUCUCUCCUUUCUUUCGCUGCUGUUACGUCGCCGGAAACGGCCCAAAUCUGGCAGCCUCCAUGGAAAACGACCAUGACUGGCCGUAGAGAAUUACAGAUCCGAUAGAGGAGUCGCCGCCCCAUUUUCGGUUGCCAACGAGGUUCCGUUCGAGGUUUCUAGUUCCUGCUCGAGUUCGAGGUUCCGGUCUGUCAUGAGUGGUCGUUGUAUGAAUUUUGCUGGAAGGUUUGUUCAAUUGAAAAUCGUUGCUUCAGUUAAGAGAUUAAUGCGGGAGGAAUAAUAUCUUCGGAUUUUUGUUGGACCAAAUCACUAUAUACCAUUGAAACUGCAUCAUUUGAUUGGGAGAAGUCUUCUGCAUCUUCUCCUGCAAUUCGAAGGAAUGUCAAAAAUUAGAGACAGAACGGAAGAUUUUAAAGAUGCUGCACGUCGUUCAGCAUUGUCUUUGGGAUAUGAUGAGUCCAAAACAGCUGCGUUAUUAGCAUCUUUUAUCAUGCAUAAACCUCGGCAAAGGUCAGGAUUCACUAGAGCUGCGCUUAAAACACUGGAGAGUAUUGGGUCUCUGGAGCAAUUUUUGAUGAAACACAAAAAGGAUUAUGUUGAUUUGCACCGUACAACAGAACAAGAGAGGGAUAGCAUCGAGCAUGAAGUUACUGUUUUUGUAAAAUCAUGCAAAGAGCAGAUAGAUGUUCUCAAGAAUAGUAUAAAUGAGGAAGAUGCACAUUCAAAGGGAUGGCUUGGAUUCAAGGGUGACAAUCUGAAUGCUGAUACUAUAGCACACAAGCAUGGAGUGGUUUUAAUUUUAAGUGAAAAGCUUCACUCUGUCACGUCACAGUUUGACCAGUUGCGGGCAAUACGCUUUCAAGAUGCUAUUAACCGAGUAACACCAAGAAGGAAACGGAAGAACUCUACCAAAUCAAAUGCUGCAGAGACCUCUGUGUCUAGUAGUUUUGACCCCGACAUGAAAAGGGACUCAGAGAUCAGGGACUCUGAUAUUUCACAAGCAGCACCUGUUAGAGUCCAAGAACAACUUUUGGACGAUGAAACGCGUGCCCUCCAGGUAGAGCUGAACAGUCUCCUGGAUUCUGUUCAAGAAACAGAAACAAAGAUGGUGGAAAUGUCUGCGUUGAACCAUCUUAUGUCAACUCAUGUUUUGCAACAGGCCCAACAGAUAGAGCUAUUAUAUGAGCAGGCAGUUGAAGCAACCAAGAAUGUGGAACUUGGUAACAAAGAACUGUCACAAGCCAUUCAACGGAACAGCAGUAGCAGAACGUUUCUUUUGCUCUUUCUAUUUGUGCUUACUUUUUCAAUCCUCUUCCUUGAUUGGUAUAGUUAACCAUAGGAUAGAACAUCUCUUUUGCUCUUUCUAUUUGUACUUACAUUUCCAAUCCCGUUUCGUAGAUUGGCGUACUUAAUCAUAGGAGAAACUUUUCUUUUGCUCUUUUCUAUUUGUGUUACAUUUUCAAUCCUCUUCCUUAAUUUGUAGUAUAAUUGUUGACAGGGUAUAGUGCGUAUAUUGUCAUCUUUCAUACUUUCUGCUUAACGUUAUUCUGCUUGAUAUA